GGUUUUAUCAUUUUUCAUAACCUCUCCAGGAGCCACCAAAUAGAAGUAGAGCGGGAGAGAGAGUGAGAAAAUGCCGGCAGGUCACGGUCUCCGUUCCAGAACAAGAGAUUUGUUCGCAAGGCCAUUCAGGAAGAAGGGUUAUAUUCCUUUAACUACUUACCUUAGGACCUUCAAGAUCGGCGAUUAUGUCGACGUCAAGGUUAAUGGCGCCGUUCAUAAGGGUAUGCCUCACAAGUUCUAUCAUGGCCGAACUGGUCGUGUCUGGAACGUAACCAAGCGUGCUGUUGGUGUUGAGGUCAACAAACAGGUUGGUAACAGGAUUAUCAAAAAGAGAAUCCAUGUGAGAGUGGAGCAUCUGCAGGUAUCAAGGUGUACUGAGGAAUUCCGUCUAAGGAAGAAGAAGAAUGACGAACUGAAGGCAGAGGCCAAGGGAAGAGGUGAGGUGAUCAGUACAAAGAGGCAGCCAGAAGGACCUAAACCUGGUUUCAUGGUCGAGGGUGCUACAUUGGAAACUGUUACACCUAUUCCCUAUGAUGUUGUUAACGACCUCAAGGGAGGUUAUUAGAGGCCAAAUUCUAGGUUUUUAUCUGUUCAUUCUUGUUUGGUUUGAGUUGCAAACUUUUGUGUACUGGAUUAUUAGCUUUUUGAUAUGUGACUUGAAUUAUUUUCAGUUUUGACAAGACACUUAUGAGAUAUUUGCUCUUACAUAUGGUUUAUGCAAUUUUCCCCUUAGAUUAA